CCCUCCAGGAACUGAAUUUGACACCCCUGAUCUAGAUGUACUGAAAUGCAGCACUGCGCCAUCAUUUUGUCUAAAAAUAUUAUUAAAUAAAUUAAUGUGAUGGAUUUUUUAUAUCAGACCAAAAACAGAUUAACUUCCUGGCUCCUCAUCCUAGGCCACUGAAUUGUGGCAAAAAAAGUAUUUUUAAUUUCGUGCCACAGUGUUCUUACAAAAGAGAGCAGAAUGUACUGUUCGAGCAGUCGCGUUUAUUCAUAUCAUCUCGGUUUAUUUAUUUAAUAAUUUGUGUCGUGCUGUGUCUGUGCAGAACUCUAGGCAGUGCUGUUGGGCUGUGCGGAGCGCGAUCUGACGCGCGGCUGCUGCUGUUGCUGUGAACCGCAGGGAUGUGAGACACGCGCCGGAUACGCGAGGAGAGAAGAGACAGACAGCUCUCUUGACAACGUUAUAAAAAAACAGGACGCCUCCUCUCUGACCUGAUUCACGAGUAGCAGGUACUAUGCGGCCGCGCUGUGCUUGCGCGCUUGCGGCUCUGAGCGCGCGACGAUGUAAAAGGCAGCGCGUGCGGAUUCUGCGGCAGCUGUGAUCGGGAAUAACUGGGAUAGGGACACUCAGCGAGGCAUGGAAAAGCACGUAGAUCACUGAGCAAACAAUCAUCCAGACAAUCAUUCGCAGACGUGUUCAUUGUGUGCGCCCCCAGGCGCUCCGCUCUUCGAUCGAUUACCACAGAAGAGACACACAGAGCAUUUGAAUGCGAACGGGUGCGUGCGGUGCAAGUGAUUCCGUAGUUUCUGCCCUGCUCCGUUCAACGCUGCUGAGAAGACCUUACAGCCAGUCAGUGGUGGAGCCUGAGCCACACAUAGCUGUCCCAGACGAGUGCUGCGCAUCUGUUGUAGUGAACUCCAUAAAAUCCAUUCAGCAGGAACUGAGGUAUAUCAGCUCUGAAUGAAGUCUGUGUGCUGCUGGUUUAGAAUGUUGUCACGAUAACAUCAGCCUGACUCCAAUCUGACCGCGGCAGGUGGGAGCCCAGGGGUCAGUCUGUGAGUGUGGGCUGAAUCAGGAGUGAAUCAGCGCUGCUUUUGAUUGACGGACAGCUCGGUAGGAAACAAGGCCUCGGGAGAGCGACAGUCUGAUAACAGGAGUGAAAGCGUUGCAACGGCAAUAUCAUCUUUCAGUCUUUACUGCCACUCGUCUUUCACAACAUGGCCUCUGCGGAAGCACCGUUCUCCUCUGUUGCUGCCUCUCUGGGGACGUAGAAAGACACGGGACACACGGACACAUUCUUGCAUGCUGCAGCAGAGUAAAGCUGGGGAAGUGUCUUCAGACUUUAAGGUCCUUAAUAGAUAAACUGUGUUAAACGUCAGUACCGUCACAACUACUGUUUCCUGGUCAUAGUACCAUGAGCAUUUAGGAAGGUGCUUUCUCUGACUUUAUAUGUUCCUGUGUAACAUCGAAGGCCAAUGUGUGUGGCUCGAGAGCCCAUCAUGGCCAGACCGCUGCUUAAGAUCCACCGCUAUUUCCACCGUAAACCGAUACGCUUUUUCUCUUUCAUCCUCCUCUACCUCACCGCUGGAAGUCUUGUUUUCCUCCACUCUGGCUUCUCCAGCGAUACUUCCACUACUGGAGCUUCUGGAAGCGGCCGUGACCCACUUAUAUCUGAAGGUGGGGGCGGCACAGGUGCUGGGAGCUCUACCUCUGAUGCUCUUGGGCUCCUAGGAAGAGUGUUUAAGGAAACACGAAGAACCCCCCGGAGAUUUGGACCACCGUGGAUGAAAGAAAAUGGGGCACAGGAUGCACCGGAGUGGGCUGGAAGAGGAGUCGAUCAUACCAGCAGCUGGAGCCACGGAGCCAAAGGAAGAACCACCAAAGAGAUGGACGAUGGGAGAGCAAAGUACAUCGGCUGUUAUGUUGAUGACACACAGAAGCGGGCUCUUAGAGGGGUUUCCUUUUUGGACUACAAAAAAAUGACUGUCUUCCGCUGCCAGGACAACUGCGCUGAAAGGGGUUAUCUCUAUGCGGGUCUGGAGUUUGGAGCUGAGUGCUACUGUGGCCAUAAAAUCCAGGCACCCAACGUGUCCGAGAGUGAAUGUAAUAUGGAGUGUAAAGGGGAGAAGAGUAACAUCUGUGGAGGACCUAAUCGACUGUCCAUAUACAGACUGGAGUUGAGCCAGGAGUCGGCCCGCAGAUAUGGGAGUGCCAUCUUCAAGGGCUGUUUCAAGAGGCCAGACAACGUGACACUGGCGCUUCCUGCUAGUGCCGUCAUUAAAAACAUGUCAGUGGACAAGUGUGUUGAUAUGUGCACAGAGAAAGAAUUCUCUUUGGCAGCCUUGGCUGGUGAAAAAUGUCACUGUGGAUUUCCUACUUCACUCUUCACCCUGCAUGAGCAUGAGGAUGAGGAACUGUGUCUUCAGCGCUGUGCAGGAGAAGACUUUGAGAGCUGUGGAAACAAUGACUUCUUUGUAGUGUACCAGACCCAAGUGCAAGAUAAUCGUUGUAUGGACCGGCGCUUUUUACCCACUCGUUCCAAACAUCUAGUGGCACUAGCUAGUUUCCCAGGCGCAGGGAAUACGUGGGCCCGUCACCUUAUUGAGCUGGCCACGGGAUACUACACCGGGAGCUACUACUUUGAUGGCUCACUGUACAAUAAAGGUUUCAAAGGGGAGAGAGAUCACUGGCGCAGUGGUAGAACCAUAUGUAUCAAGACCCAUGAGAGCGGCAAGAAGGAGAUUGAGGACUUUGAUGCCAGUAUUCUUAUGAUCCGGAACCCUUAUAAAGCCCUCAUGGCAGAAUUUAACCGCAAGUAUGGUGGGCAUAUUGGAUUUGCCUCUCAAGCUCAUUGGAGGGGGAAAGAGUGGCCAGAGUUUGUGAAGAACUACGCUCCAUGGUGGGCAUCCCACACACUAGACUGGCUGAAAUAUGGGAAGAAAGUUCAAGUGGUACACUUUGAGGAUUUAAAACGGGAGCUUUUCUCUGAGUUAAAAGGCAUGGUCAUCUUUCUGGACCUAGAAGUCUCAGAGGACCGCCUGCUGUGUGUGGAAGGACAGAAGGAUGGGAACUUCAAACGCUCUGGGCUGAGGAAGCUGGAAUAUGACCCUUAUACGCCAGAGAUGCGUGCCACUAUUGACAGGCUUAUUAAGACCGUGGACACGGCACUCAGAAAGAGAAACCUGUCUGGUGUACCCGAGGAGUACAGACCCAGAUGAUACUCAUCUCUUCAUUUAUGCUUUUUUUCACAACACACUUUUUUCCCAGCUAUACCCAUUUUUCCCCUAGAAUAUAAAAUUGUUUAUCAUCAUUCUUCUUGAUUGCUUUCAGUUUUAAGAAUGGUACAGUAUGUAUUGCACAAAUGAACUGCUGAAGAACUGUUUGCCCUUUCAUUAAAAGUCUACGACUAAGACAUGGGCUUGUGCAACAAUUUGAGUUUAAUCACUAUGGAUCCAUCUUCCUUAGGCCAAUACAAGUGUGUGCUCACUUCAAAUUUGAGUCAUUACGGGAAAUGACUGUUCACACUUCUUAUAAAAGAAGUGUCUGUUGCCAUAAAGACAUCCGGGACAGCUAUUUAGAUAAACCCAUGAUAUGUAUCUUUCAUAAAAUUGGCUUUUCCUUCAACUACUGGUCUACACUAUGAUCCCUUAAGCACUUCAGUCUCAUUGGGAAUAUCUGGACAGCGAUUUCAUUUUUAACAUCUGAACCCCAGCUUCCUGUUACCACAAAUAUCUGGAAAUUGCUCUCAGAUGUUAUGAUGCUUCUUAAAACUGAUAUGGACAACAAAAAUCCUCAAGUCCUGCAGGCAAAUUGCAGCCCUUAUUGAGAUGAAAGCAACCGAGUUCUUUUGUUUUGUGUUUAGAGCACUUCUACAUAGAGAUUGUUCCACUGAGUUAAUUGAUUUACCUUUUUUUUUCCUUCUAACUGAGGUUUUAAGAUGUAUUUGCAGUGGGUGAUCAAAAAAAAUGGGGGCUUCUUUUAAAUUGCUUAAAAUGACAUUGACUGACCCUUUACCCCUUUUAUUAUUUUAAUCUCUUAAAGGGAUACUGUAGUUUUCCCCAAAAUGAAAAUUCAUUCAGUUAUGUUUUUGACAGACAUAGUCACAAUAAAUACUUGAGAAGA